GUUCGUGGAGUCGCGCUUAACGUAUUGCUCUUUCACCGUCGCUCAGACGUUUCAUAGAGCGCGUAGAAGAAGUGCGCAAUCAUAAUCUCGAAAUCUCGAAAUCUCAGUUUCGCGCGAGAUCAGAGGAAUCGAAACGACGCGCGUUUUUAAUCUUAUAAAGUGGUUUUAAUUAUUUUCAUCGAUCGUAAUUUACCAUCACCUUGCGUCUCUUGAAAUGAUUUGGCAAGCACGUUUGUGAUACGUGAUUCUUUACAAAAAUUUUCUUUAUCUAUAAAAUUUGUAAGACUGUGUGUUACAAAUAUGUUUGUGUUAGCCGUGAAUUUCUGCAAGUAUUUAUGAAGAAAAUUAUAAAUUUAAUUAUUUGACUUGUGCAUAGAUUGAUUUUAUGCAAAUUUUUCUAAUGAUCUUAAAAUCUUUAGAAUACUAAAUCUGUUCUAAAUGCGGAUUUAACACUUGUCAUAUUUCUAUGAGAUGUGAAAGAACUCCUACGCGACGAAAGACAAUUGCGACCUAUUAAUCCUCUGUAUCAGUUCACGAUUUUUUUUAUAAGUGCCUUUAAUAUUGAAUUAUUGAAAAAUAUCGAGUAUCGAAAAUAUUAAAAUGUUCAUGGUGACAUAAAAUAUAAAAUUGAGCAAAUGUGAAUACCUGACUGGGAUAUUUUUAUUUGUUAAAAUAAAUUUGAGAAACAAUGGAUACAACAGAAAAUCGUCGAUCAUUCGACUUGGUUGAUUCAAUUGUGUUCAUCGGUAUGCUGAGCGUUUCUGCUCUCAUAGGCAUCUAUCAGUGGUAUGCGUCCAGGAAGAAGACAGACGCUGUGGGAGAGUAUCUUGUAGGCGGCCAGAAGAUGUCGAUAUUUCCGAUAAGCAUGUCAUUGAUAGCAAGUUACGUGUCGGGCAUAGCGAUGUUGGGACUGGCGGCAGAAAUGUACGUUUACGGCACGCAAUUAUGGUGCGUUGUGAUUGCGGACUCUUUUGUGUCCUUUACGAUGGCGGUCGUAUAUCUGCCGGUUUUCUAUGGACUCCGAAUAACAUCAUCUUACGAGUAUCUAGAGUUGAGGUUCAAUCGAGUGGUCAGGCUCAUGGGAUCUGUUAUUUUCAUUAUCAAGAUGCUGCUUUAUAUACCACUGGUGAUAUACGUGCCGGCGCUAGCCUUCAAUCAGGCAACCGGAAUGGAUCUUUACACGAUCGCGUUGGUGGUCUGCGCCGUAUGCAUUUUCUACACAACAUUAGGUGGUCUAAAGGCGGUCGUUUGGACGGAUACCAUUCAGACAGCGAUGAUGUUUGGGGCUGCCAUUGCCGUUGCCGUACUCGGCACAGCGAGAGUCGGCAGCGUGGCAGAAGUGUGGAAGAGGAAUUACGAUACCGGGAGAAUCGAAUUCUUCAAUAUGGAUCCGGAUCCUACAGUAAGGCACACUUUCUGGACCGUGGUGGUCGGCAAUUAUUUAAACUGGUUGGCCACAUGCUCGGUGAACCAGGCGAUGGUGCAGAGAUGUCUGGCGAUGCCGAAUUUGAGGAAAUCUAACUUGGCGAUUAUGAUAAUGGCCGUAGGCAUAAUCAGCAUUGUCUCGUUAUGUUGCUACACGGGAAUCGUCAUCUAUGCGGCCUUCUACGACUGUGAUCCGAUCACGACAAAGCAAAUACGAAAACCCGAUCAACUGUUACCGUACUUCGUGAUGGAAUUGUCACACACUAUACCAGGCUUGCCAGGAUUAUUUGUUUCCGGUGUAUUCAGUGCAGCAUUGAGCACAAUGUCAACCGGAUUGAAUUCCAUGUCGGGCGUGAUCUACGAAGACAUGAUUAAGCCGUGUCUUCGUAAACCUAUGUCCAACAUCGGCGCAAGCCUCAUAAUGAAAGCUACGGUUGUGAUAAUAGGAGCCAUUUGCGUGGGCCUCGUCUUCAUGGUAGAGAAACUGAGCGGUUUGAUUCAAGCUGGCAAGAGCUUGUCUGGAAUAACCGCUGGGCCUUUACUCGGGGUGUUUACAUUGGGCAUGUUUUUUCCAAUGGCCAAUUCAAUGGGAGCAUUCGUCGGUACACUGAUUAGUCUAAACUUGGUUGCUUGGAUCUCAUUUGGUACACAAGCGGCGAUCUCCAGCGGAUCGAUCUAUUUCCCGGUGAAACCGGUAUCAAUAGAGGGAUGCUCCGAAUUGCUGAAUAGUACUAUCGGGAAUUUCACGAUGAUCGUAGAGACCGCUGUUAGAGAACAACCAUUUUUUUUAUACAGAAUGUCGUAUCUCUGGUACACGUGGGUAGGUUUUUUAACUACGAUCUUAAUAGGCCUACUAGUCUCGUGGUUCACUGGACCGUCUAAGUACAGUCGUACAGACAAACAAUUAUUUACACCCAUUAUACACUGUCUACUACGCUCGAAGGAUCCUCAGAAAGCGAAUGAAGCUGAACUCGGAAAGAUGACGAGUGAUGUAAGCGAUAUGAUAACGCAAACUUCUUCGAAACAUUAGUGAUCGGUUUUUUUUCCAUCGUAGUUCAAUUAAAUAAAAUAUAUUCUUGUUCAUACAAAUCAAAUUUAUAUUUAUGUGAAUCCAGUUUAACAUAUCAUAAAAAUUAAAUCAAAUUAAACUAUGACUCGCGCAAUUGUUUGGUGAUAUAAAUGAUGCCGGUGUAUUAUGAAAUGGUUUAAUCCUCAUACAUAGUGUACCCUGUUAUCAAUUUAUCACAACGAUACAAGAUUGACUAACUAACUAACUCUCUCUCUCUCUCUCUCUCUCUCGAAUAUAUCUUAUUAUAUAUACACGCGCGUAAAUUAAUCUUAUAAGACGACCCAUGUAAAGCUUAACAGUUUAAUGUUUGAUAUCUCAAGAAUUAUGCAAUUAAUUUUAAUCAUUCUGGUUCCAAUUUUCUAAAUUAAAGACUUCUGAAAUUUAUAAAACUUGAGAUCAGAACGAUUUAAAAUUAACCGCGUAAGUCUCGGCAUAUUAAAAUGUUAAGCCUUACCUUUAUAAACCAUUGUACACAAACUGAAGCAGUAAAAUUUUGCUUACAUGGUUUUGUAUGUAAUGCAUUAUGUAUUAGCUAGUUAAUUUAAUUAGGCUCAUAAUAAUAUACAAAAUGAAUGAAAGAACAUCUUUCAUUCAAUAUUAGUUAGUUGAAUAUUAAUCGCAAUAUAUGCAUAUGUCUACUUGUAUACAUAUCUCUUGAAGAAUGAUUUUUACGCAAUAAAAUAUUUUUCAAGCAAUA